AUGGUCACUCCCAACGAUGCUCAAGCCCUGAACCUGGAGGCACGGGAACAAGAGGAUGAGACCUCGGAUAUGAAAGAUCCUGUUGAUGCCGGUUCCUCUGACAUGGACGAGGAAAUGAUCCAGGACUAUAGGACGCUUAUGGAUAAGACCAACCUCGUGGACAAAGACCGUGUUCAAAGCGCAAAGGCUAGGGUAUCCAAGGCCUACUAUCAACCGAACGAGGAGGCAAGUGAUAUUUCUUGGCGGCCUGAUCCGUCGGGUCAUCCGCGGAGGACUUUCUAG